AUGGUCUCUCCUUCAAACACUUUGGCUCUUCCAUAUAAUUCAGCUUCUAAUGAUUCUCAUGUUCCAAUUUCUGAUCCUCCUCAUUGUUCUACUCAUAUGCGUCAUCCUCCAUCAUAUCUACGCGACUAUCGAUGUUAUCUGGCCAAUGUUUCACAACCCAGCAAAUGUGUACAUUGCUCUCGGCCUUCUUCAGAUGGUUCCAUUGAACGUUAUAAAGCCCAUUUAGUAGCUAGAGGGUAUACUCAACGUGAAGGUUUAGAUUACAUUGAAACUUUUUCACUAGUUGCUAAGCUUGUUAGUAUUCGGUGUUUACUUGCGGUUGUUGCCUCUCGGAAUUUUUUUCUUCAUCAGCUUGAUGUAAAUAAUGCUUUUCUUCAUGGUGAUUUGUCUGAGGAAGCUGAUUUCUACUUGUUUACUCUUGUUGAUGGUGCUGAUCUUACAAUUUUUCUCAUAUAUGUUGAUGACAUUAUAGUUGCUACUUCCAAUAUGUCUUGCAUCACAGCCAUCAAAUCAUUUCUUGAUGAGAAGUUUAAUAUCAAGGAUCUUGCUUCCUUACGUUAUUUCUUGGGUUUAGAGGUACUUGCUGAUCUAUUACCUUAUAGAAGGUUGGUUGGUCGCUUGCUAUAUCUUACUAUCACUCGGCUUGAUCUAACCUACAGUGUUCACAUUUUAAGUCAAUUUAUGGCCAAUCCAUGCACUCCUCAUUUACAAGCUAUUGAACAUGUCUUACGUUAUCUCAAAUCCAGUACUGGCCAAGGAUUGUUCUUUCCAAGUAAUUCAAGUUUUCAUCUAAGUGCUUUCACUGACUCCGAUUGGGCCAGUUGCUCUACAACUCGACGAUCUCUUACUGGUUUCUGUGUCUUUCUUGGUUCAUCUCUAAUUUCCUGGCAUUCUGAAAGGCAAACAAUAGUAUCUAGAUCCUCUGUUGAAGCUAAGUAUAAGGCUAUGACAUCUACUACUUGUAAGCUGGGAUUGGACUCAAAAAGUAAACGGAAACAAAGGCUAGCAGAUCCUGUUGUUGAGGAGCCACGGGAGGCGGUAAAUCAGGAGCUCGACUAUGAGGAUUUGAAAGAUGAGGAAAUAUGUUAG